AUGUCUGCUAUCUGUUCUAAACGUCAGAGGGACAACGACUUUGAGGCGCGAGAUGUGGACUGGGAGCGGGAACGACAGCGGAAGAAACUGCGGCCACUUCCAUUCCGGGCCUCCCCAACAUCGAAACACACCACUCUAUUCUCUCAAACUCGCCAGUUCCUAUCUGUCGAUAUCCUCCCAACCAUUACUCCCAUCGAAUCAUCCGAUGACGAUGAAAAUGGUACGGUGUCUGACAUGGUUUUGUCCCCUCGAAGCCAAAUGGGGAGGAAGGACGACAUGCCAUUUCUAUCCAUUCGGGUGCAACCCUCUCCCGACACAGACUCGGAUCUUGAAAUGACCGACCAACCUCGCUCGUCGAACAACCUCUCACCACCCUCCACUGGACCGACACCCAGCUGGCCUGGGAAUGCUGUACCAUCGCCAAUCCCCCAUCAUCUCAUUACACAAUCUCUCAAUAUCAGUGGGGGCCGCACUGCAACUCCGAUCUACGGACAUUUCACAACGAAUAUGAAAGUGGAUGCCAUGAGCCAGGGUUCUGAUAAUGCAAAUAAUGACCCACCUUCUUCUUCCGCCGUUCCUGCUGCUGCCUCAACUCCUGCUUCGCCCAGCAGUUCGUCACGAGAUCCAACAGGUGGAGAAGACUGGUCGCGCCGUCGGAGACUUCCAAGCCCUAUCAGCGAAGACGAAAUCUCUCCAACUCACCCCUUUCCCCAAGCCAAUCGAAUUCUCGAACCAAAUACUACACCAGCAUCUCCAUCUACCUCCACUCACGGUUUGGAGGAAACAUCACCUAACCACUCCAGCUCAGCUCCGCAGUCCUGGGCCACCCACGCCUUGAAUCAGACUUCUUCAACAACGUCAACAGGCGACCAAUACACUGGAAUCAGCAACUUAGCUCCACUCACCCAGGACUCCUCUGCUAGCUGUCUACAGCAUGCUGUGGGCGGCGAUGAUAGGGAUGCUUACCAUUCAGAUAGCUGGGUCGGGCAAACCACAACAGCUCCUAUUUCUCCUCCCGCCACCAACGAUAUGACUCCCCGACCCGGCAAGUCUAAAAUCAUCAUUGCUAUGGGCUUCCGUUCUGACUGUGACAAAUGCCAGCGUCGUGUACCUGGACACUACAGCCAUAUCAUCCGUGGUUAG